CUCCCUCCGUGCGCUGCCCGUGGGCGGUGUCGUCGCGGCUCCCCUGCGUGUGGCUGUCCCCGGCGCUGUCCCCGAGCCCGCGGCGUGCAUGGCCGUGCGCGGGCGGCGAUGGCAGCGCGCUGAUGGCCCAGCUCGCCAUGGCCGCCCGGGAGGAGCUCUACAGCAAAGUCAUCCCGCGCCGGAGCCGCCAGCACCGCGCCGGCACCGUCAGACAUGGCUCGUCGCUGGAGAUCCUGCUCUCCAUGGGCUUCCCCAAAGCUCGGGCACAAAAAGCGCUGGCAUCGACAGGUGGAAGGAGUGUUCAAGCAGCAUGCGACUGGCUCUUCUCCCACGUGGGUGACCCGUUCCUGGAUGACACGCUGCCCCGGGAGUACGUGCUGUACCUGCGGCCCACCGGGCCCCUGGCGCAGAAGCUCUCCGAGUUCUGGCAGCAGUCGAAGCAGAUCUGUGGCAAGAACAAAGCCCACAACAUCUUCCCCCACAUCACCCUCUGCCAGUUCUUCAUGUGUGAGGACAGCAAGGUGGACGCUCUCACGGAAGCCCUGCAGGCCACGGUGAUGCGCUGGAAAUGCAAAUUCCCUGCCCCGCUGCCCCUGGAGCUCUACACCUCCUCCAACUUCAUCGGGCUCUUCGUCAAGGAGGAAAGUGCUGAGGUGCUCAAGAAGUUCGCUGCAGACUUCGCUGCAGAGGCAGCUUCCAAAGCAGAUGUCCACGUGGAGCCCCACAAGAAGCAGCUCCACGUGACCCUGGCCUAUCACUUCCAGAGCAGCCACCUGCCCACGCUGGAGAAGCUGGCGCAGAGCAUCGAUGUCAAGCUGGGCUGUGACUGGGUGGCCGCCGUCUUCUCCCGCGACAUUCGCUUCGUCAACCACGAGACUCUGCAAGUGAUCUACCCCUACACCCCCCAGAACGACGACGAGCUGGAGCUGGUCCCCGGGGAUUUCAUUUUCAUGUCCCCAGUGGAGCAAACCAGCACGAGUGAGGGCUGGAUUUAUGGCAUUUCCCUGGCCACUGGCUGCUCGGGGCUGCUGCCUGAGAACUACAUCACCAAGGCGGAUGAAUGUGGCACCUGGGUGUUCCAUGGGUCCUACUCCAUUCUGAACACCACGUCUUGCCCAUCCCUGCAAGCCUUUGCUGAUGGAGCUCUGGAGAGAAGGCAGCAGGAGGACCAAGGGCCAGGGGACGCUGGGCCACUCACCAUCAUCUGCCAGAACGUGCAGCCCCUGAGGAUCAGCAGCCAGCCGGGCCCUCAGAAGCGCUGCCUGUUCGUCUGCAGGCACGGCGAGAGGAUGGAUGUGGUUUUUGGGAAGUACUGGCUGUCCCAGUGCUUCGACGCCAAAGGCAGGUACAUGCGCAGUAACCUGAAUAUGCCUCACAACUUACCUCAGAGGAGUGGUGGUUUCAGGGAUUAUGAAAAAGAUGCUCCCAUCACCGUGCUGGGCUGCACGCAGGCCAGGCUUGUGGGUGAAGCCUUGCUAGAAACCAACACCAUUGUAGACUACAUCUACAGCUCGCCGUCGCUGCGCUGCGUGCAGACAGCCCACAACAUCCUGAAAGGCAUGCAGCAGGAGAACACGCUGAAGAUCCGGGUGGAGCCGGGCCUGUUCGAGUGGACCAAGUGGGUGUCGGGGAGCUCGCUGCCCGCCUGGAUCCCGCCCGCAGACCUGGCUGCAGCCACGCUGAGCGUGGACACAACCUACAGACCUCAUAUUCCCGUCAGCAAGUUGGUGGUUUCUGAGUCUUACGACUCCUACAUCAGCAGAAGCUACCAAGUAACGAAGGAAAUCAUCAGUGAAUGUAAAGGCAAAGGAAACAACAUCCUGAUCGUGGCUCAUGCCUCCUCCCUGGAGGCCUGCACCUGCCAGCUCCAGGGGCUGUCACCCCAGAACUCCAAGGAUUUUGUACAGAUGGUCCGAAAGAUUCCCUACCUGGGCUUCUGCUCCUGUGAAGAACUGGGGGACACUGGUGUGUGGCAGCUCACAGACCCUCCCAUCCUCCCUCUCACCCACGGACCGACGGGAGGCUUUAACUGGAGAGAAACCCUCCUGCAGGAGUAGGGAGAAGCCAGCAAGGCCAGCCCUUCCCAGCGCUGGAGAACGCCUCUUCUUCCUCCUUGUGUUUUAUUGCCAGCAGGAAAAAACCCUCCUCGUCUGCCCCGCCGCUCCCUCCAAGCACAUCUCACACAGCCACAGCCCUGCCCACAGCCUCAUUUACAACAAAACGGGCUGAUUUGAGGGGGGGAAAAAAUAUUAAAGUACAGCUUGAGGCUCUUGCACAGCUCAGGGUUGGUUUCCUCACCUUGAAGGAGCUCUGGUGACACUUUCACUGCCACUGCAGGGACAAGGAGCCCUGUGUCAGGCAGGGUGCUGGGGGUGUUUUCUCACUGCUGUUUUUGCAAAGUGUCUGCAGCCUUGUUCAGCACUUCGUGCUUGCUCCACUGCCAGCCCCCAAAGCCUCAGCAGCUUCCAGAAAAAUAAAAGGGUUUUGUUUCCUUCCCCCAGGCUGGAAUUGAGUCCAGCGUUGCCUCUGCAGGCUGCCCCAGGUUGUUCCUCCCUCUCCUCUGAGCAGACAGAGGUGGGAGUGCUCAGAAUGUGCUGGGUGUUGGGCAGAGAUUGGUUGGUAUUUAGGAAAAUUCUGAAUUUCACAUCAGUUACAGGUGAACUGCAGUUCCAGCUUCCCUAAAGAGGAGAAACACCUGGGCUGGAGCAAACCCCCAAAAAAGAGAAAUAAUUGGGAUGGAACAAACCCCAAAAAGGAGAAGUAAUUGGGAUGGAGGAAACCCCCAAAAAAAGGAGAAAUAAUUGGGAUGUAACAAGCCCCAAAAGAGGAGAAACAAUUGGGAUGGAGGAAACCCCAAAAGAGAAACAAUUGGGAUGGAACAAAUCCCCAAAAAAGGAAAUAAUUGGGAUGGAGGAAACCCCAAAAAAAAGGAGAAAUAAUUGGGAUGGAGGAAACCCCCAAAAAAGAGAACCAAUUGGGAUGGAGGAAACCCCAAAAAAGGAGAAAAAAUUGGGAUGGAGGAAACCCCCAAAAAAGAGAACAAAUUGGGAUGGAGGAAACCCCAAAAAAAGAAAAACAAUUAGGCUGAACAAACCCCCAAAAAAAGGAGAAAUAAUUGGAAUGGAACAAACCCCAAAAAAAGGAGAAACAAUUGUGCUGGAGCAACCCCAGAGGGCUGAGCUCAGGUUGCAGCUGCCCGUCCUGUCCAUGCUCAGAGCCUGGCCAACAUCCCAGCUAUUCCCACCAUCCACAGGAUAAAUAUUCCAUUAUUUCUACUUUCAGGACUGUGUAACACCCCUUAGGCCACUCGUAAGUGCUUUGUUACAGCAGGGAUGGAACUGAAAAGUCAGGGAGAACAUUUAGGACAGGGCAAGGGAAAAAAAAAAUCCCGUUCCUGUGAGGUUUUAUUGCUGUCAGGUUUAUUUUUAAUUGGCAGUUAAAUUAUUUUUGGCUGUGUGCAGACAUUCUGAGGAGCAUUUCUGGCUUGUUUUCAUCCAUGCAAAAAAAAAAAAAUAAUUAAAUACUUGACAAUCACACAAAAAAAAAAAUUUUUGUUUGCUGAGGUGUGUGAAUUCUCCAGAUUUUUUGUUUCAUGCCAGCGAGGUGUAAAUUGGGGCAGGAAAUAUUAUUGUAUUCUAAUAUUUAUUGCUCAGAUCCUGCUGGAGUUGAGUGACAUUAAAAGGAGAUUUUAGGGGCACGAAACAGAGAGGGAGCAAAAGCUGAAUGCACAAUUUGAGUGGUGUCAGCUGCUCUUUGAUAUAGUAAUAGAGAAAAAAGUGUUCUGCUUGAGGAGGUAGAUGUUCAAAUACUCUUCUUUAAAAAAAUAUAUAUAUUUUUGGAUGUUUGGGAAAUAUUUUGACAAUUGUAGUCUUGUCUCGAAUUAGGUGUCAGGAAUCACAGGGAGAAAAAUCUUAUUUUCUUCAGCAUUUUGAGUUUCCUUGGGGGUUUUGUGUUAAGCAGUCUCGUGUUGAAAAGGCUUUUUGGGUGGAAAAAAAAAGAGAAAAAAUGUUGUUCCUUUUAAAUUUAUAAUUGAGAGGUUAAGAAGACGAAAAUUGCUGCUUCACUUUCACCCCAUUAAUGUGGAUUUAAUGCUCAUUAAUGUGGAUUUAAUGUCUCACCAGUGCUUUGUCCCAGAACAUUCAACUUGAGCUCUCCAAAAUCUUUUCCUUCACUGUGAGCUGCAUCAGAUCCCAAGUUUUAUUCUAACAGCACUUCCCAGGUUUUCCCUUCUCUCCACAAUUAAGGAAAAAAAAAAGCUGCAAACCUGCCAAGAAUAAAUAGUUAAUUUUUAUCAUUUGCAAUAUAUGGCUUAGAAAAAAACAAGAAUUAAAUUGACAUUACACUCAAAUCAACAGAGCUUUGCUUGUUUAUGCAAAAUGAGGAUCCAGACCGUGAUAAUUUCAGUAAAAAUUGGUAUUUCCCUUUUCACUCCACGCAGCAGUUUCAGACAGAAGCUGGCUCAGGCCAGGGGACUCUGAAAUUGUAGUGAAUUUAAAGAGUGAUCGUUUUUAUCCCCAAAUAAUGGCUUUGGUUUGUGGUUUGGUUUAAUUCCUUUCGAAAGAGGCACAGAGGAAAUGAUUUGGAAAUCAGAAGUAGGAGGGAUGGGGGAGCAGAGUGCCGGGAUGGUGUCACUGAACAAAAAUGCAAUUAACAGUGGCUGUUAAUUAACAGGUUGGCUGCAAAGGCUCUAAAUCACUUCUUGCUGCUCCCCACUUCCUCAAAUUCAUCCCCCAGGGACUCUUCAUAACCCACAACAGAAAAUACUCAGCCAGUUCCUUCAUUAUUUCCCCUUAAAAUGUAUUUUCCGAACUUUCUCUCCAUGACAUCUCUUCAGACUUGAUGUUACCAACAGCUCCUUUUUCUUUCGGUUUUCUUUCGUUUCAUUUUCAACCUGUUGUAUCAUUCUGUUUAUUAUGGAUUUUAUUUUUUAUUUAGCGUGAGCAGAUUGUAUUUAUUUGAGAAAAAAAAAAUGUUUGCUGUUUUAAAAACCCAAUAAUUGUAUUGCCAAAAAAAAAGCUGUAAUUACCUGUGA